AUGAUGGACCGUUUCCGGAUGAUCUUCCAGUACUUCCAGUCCAACUCAGAGUCUGUAAUGAAUGGGAUCUGUGGGCUGUUAGCCCUGGCUAGCGUAAAGAUAUAUACCUGCUUUGACUUCAGCUGCCCUUGUCUGCCCCGCUACAACAUGGCAUAUGGCUUGGGGAUCAUGUUUGUACCCCCCGUUGCCCUCUUCCUCUGCAGCCUCAUCCUCAACAGACAGUCCCUGGUGAUGCUGGAGGAGUGGAGGCGACCACAGGGGCGCAGAAAGAAGGACCUAGCUGUCAUCAGGUACCUGUGUUCCUCCAUCAUGCAGAGAGCCAUGGUUGCCCCUGUCGUCUGGAUCAUAGUCAGCCUCCUGGAUGGCAAAUGCCUGAUCUGCGCUUUCAGCGGCUCUGUGGAUCCUGAGAAUUUUGUGGGCUUUGCCAACGCCAGCCCGGUGCAGGUGCAGCAGCUGCUGGCCAAAGUGCCCUGCAAGGACGAUGAGCUCAUGAGGAACAACACGUCUCGCAAGGCAGUGUCCAGGUACCUGCGCUGCUGGUCCCAGGCACUCGGCUGGAGCAUUUUGUUGAUCCUUAUCGUAGCAGCUUUCCUCGCCCGCUGGCUCAGACCUUGCUUCAACCAGGCCACCCUCCUGCAGGCACGUCACUGGAGCAACUACAUUGACAUCGAGCAAAAGAUUUUUGAGGAAACCUGCUGUGAGCACAGCCGGCUCUUUGCUCACAAAUGCAUCCUCCACUUCUUCGAAAGCAUGCGGCAAGAGAUCAAACUGCACAGCUUCAGCUUGCCUAGGGAGGGAGAGGGGGCUGAAGGAGAGGAUGAUCUUCUCCAGGGCAUCACAGGUCAGGACCAGGUGAAUAAACUUCUGAAAAUGUGGUACUAUGAGAAACCUCCCCUGGAUGUCAGCCAGGCAACCCAGCGGCAUCCCCUGGGGCGAAAGAGAGCCCUUCUGCCCUGGGAAGACAGCCCCGGUACCAGGUCCAAAUUCCCCCAGCACACUGAUGUGUAA